UGGUUUAAUUGUAGUUGUAGUUGAUUAGUGGUGGUUUAGUUAUAGUUCUGGUUGAUUCAUCAUCAUUCAGUUGUUGGUUAAUUGCUGAGGUGUUCUCGGUUAUUAUUUAGAAGAGUUUCCUGCUGACUCAUCCUCCUUCUCAUUAAUCCCUGAGCGUCGUCUGCCAGGCGGGGGAUUCCCUGAGCAUCUGAUGGCGUGGCUGACAUUAACCCUUUGUUUCAUGUUCUGGUGGAACAAAGAGCAGCGUCCUCCAUGUUCACGGCAGUGGGCGACUAAAGGCGGAUCGUUCUCCCAGCGUCCUGCUGGUUGAGGCCUUUUACGGCGGAUCCCACAAACAGCUGAUCGACCUGCUGAAGGAAAACAUCGACAUCUGCUGCACCUUCACACUGCCCGCCAAGAAAUGGCACUGGAGGGCAAGGACGGCAGCGCUGCACUUUAUGGAGGCCAUUCCCCCCCGCCCGUCAUACAGAGUCCUCUUCUGCAGUUCUGUCCUGAACCUGUGUGAGCUGGUGGCACUCAGACCUGACUUGUCUCACCUCAAGAAGAUCCUGUACUUCCACGAAAACCAGCUGGUGUAUCCUGUUCGUAAGGACCAGGAGAGGGACUUCCAGUAUGGAUACAACCAGAUCCUGUCAUGCCUCGUGGCAGAUGUAGUGGCAUUUAACUCUGCCUUCAACAUGGAGUCCUUCCUGUCCUCCAUCUCCUCCUUCAUGAAGAAGAUCCCAGACCACCGUCCCAAAGGCCUGGACCAACUGAUCCGCAAGAAGAGUGUGGUCCUGUACUUCCCUCUGCAACUGCCAGAUGUUAGUCGGUUUCUCCCUGAACAUAAACUCCAGCGCAGACCUGCAGAGAUGUCACAUGUUGAUGACAUCAGUGUACUGCGGGCCAACCAGCAGCUGCCAGUCAGUGCAGACGGCGGAGACCUGAAGAGGUGUGAAGAACAGGAUCCACAUGGGUCCAGUCCUGAUCCCAGAGUGGACCUCAGACUGGCUGAAGACCAGGUCAGACCUCUGCACAUCGUCUGGCCUCACAGGUGGGAACAUGAUAAGAACCCGGAGCUGCUGUUCUCAACUCUGCUGAAGCUGAAGGACCGAGGACUGGACUUCAGGUUGUCUGUCCUUGGAGAAACAUUCACGGACGUUCCAGCCGUCUUCUCUGAGGCUCGUCAGCAGCUGGACUCACACAUCGAACAUUGGGGUUUCCUUGAGAGUAAAGACCAGUAUCUGAGAACUCUGAGCCAGGCUGACGUCGUCAUCUCCACUGCCAAACACGAGUUCUUUGGUGUCGCCAUGCUGGAGGCCGUUCACUGCGGAUGUUACCCUCUGUGUCCCAACGCUCUGGUCUAUCCUGAGAUUUUCCCAGCUCAGUACCUGUACUCCACACCUGAGCAGCUCUGUAAGAAACUACAGGGACUCUGCAGGAGGCCGGACAUCGCACGCAGACAUGUCGUCAAGGUGGACCUGUCCUCCUUCUCCUGGUCCAGGCUGAGGCCCCGGUUCCAGGCCCUGUUGGCGGUCGGAGGUCCCUGAACGCCUCGCCUCCUGCCUCCGUCACUCCCGAUGAAUCUGUGGCAAUGUCUUGGUACCUUGGCGUCCAAAUCAAAGGCAGGCUGUCGCCGUGGAGACACAGAGUCUGGGCCUGUAAACAUGGCAUAUUUCCUUCACAUGCAGCUGUUUUAUGUGUGUGGUUCAGGGGGUUCCGUUUCCACAGACGCUGCCACUUCAUACAUGCACCAGCCCUUCACCCGGGACCAUCUGCUGUUGGUUCUGUUUUCUCUACACUUACUCCACUGACAGACUGCCCCCACCCAUAUGCCCACCCUUAACCGCCCCCACCUGAGCUGCCAGGUCUGGACUAGGAUGGGACAGAAAACAUGGCUCCAGAACCAGAAGAAUCGUGGAUGUGCUCAGUCUGAUGUUUAUGUAGAUCAACAGUUUUACUUUUUAGUGUUAAACAACAGAAGGUUCAUAUCUAAUAACUACAGUUCCCAAGAUGCAUUUCAGCAGUGAGAGACAGUCCAGUGAGUCCUCCUGACAGUAAACAAUGCAUAAGGACAUGAUGAUCUGGUGAUUCACAUGUGUUGAAAACAAACAUAAAAACAGAUUUUAUACAGGUGUAGAACACUUGGUUUUACUUAUCAAUGUGUUAAAUAAUGUGAUGAAAUUCACUAAAUCCAUUUUUUGUUCUGAUCUGAAGUUUUCAGUUGUAGAGACUGUAGACCAGAAUGAGAAUGAUUCUUUAACAACAUUUAAAGUUGAAUAUCAAAAAUAAGAAUAAACAAUGUGAUACUGAACUUUAAA